AUGAAUGUAAAGUUUAGUACACAAAGAUUCCCUACCAAUCAGUAUGUUAAGGAUGGUACAAAUUCAAUUUGGGGAUGUGUAGUUCAACCAUUAAAAAACACAAGUAUACAAUGUCAUGAGAAUUCUAAAAAUAUAGGUAGAUGUAGUAAAUGUAAUGCAUAUAUAAAUAGUUUGGUUGUGUUUGAACGUGUGGGAUGGGUUUGCAAUUUAUGCCAAACUUUGAACCCAAUAGACUAUGAUAUUGGCAGAGAUGGUACAAGAUCAAGAUAUGCAACACCUGAUAGAAAUAAUUUACCAGAACUAUCAAACACAUCAUAUGAAUUAUUUGUAGAAAAUAAUUUCAAUAAUAAUACUACAGCAGAUAGAAAUAAUCAAGUUGUUGACGGUUCAAACGAAAUUAAUAAUUUACCAGACUCAAUACCAUAUUCAAUCAUACCAUUAAUUGAUAACCCAAUUUAUAUAGCAGUUGUUGAUUAUUCAGGCAGUAAAGAACAAGAUGAAGUAAUAACAUCAGGUUUAGAGGCAUUGGUUCAUGCAUUACCAGAUAAUGCAUUGUUUGGUUUAAUUGUUUUUUCAAAGAAAAUUGGUAUUUACAAUUUAAAUACUUCAACACCAUUAAUAAAGUUCAUAGAUUCAAUCGAUCAAGUUGAUGAUUUCAAUUUUGAUGAUAUAAUACCGUUGGAAAAAUUUUUGGUUAAUAAAGGCAAGUUUGAAUCAAAUAUAAUUAGAGCAAUUCAUUCAAUUUCACAAAUUAAUGAGACAGUUUCAAAAAAAAUGGUACCACACGCUUUAAGUCAAACUAUCGAUUUAUUAUUGGACUACAUAACUAUAGAACAAUUUAAACCAAAUGUUAAAAUUGGUUUAUUUUUAACCCAAUACGCAGGUGAAUUUAAAUUAAAAAAAGGAUUUUCGUCAAUACAAGAUUUAGUAAACAACUAUGGUAAAUCAGAAUUUUUAAAACCAGCUACAAAUGUUUAUAGGAAGCAAUCUGAGCGUGCAGUUGAAUUGGGCGCUCAUUUUGAUAUUUUCGCGAUUGGUGAUAGAUAUUUUGGUUUCGAUUCAAUUAAAUUCCUUUGUACAAAUACUGGUGGUCAGUUAUACAGAUAUGAUAAAUUAUUACCAACAUGCUCUUUGCCACAAGAUAUAUUUAAACUUGUUUCCACAUCAUGGGGAUUUCAUGGUCUCUUAAGAGUUAGAAGUAGUAAACAGUUUUCAAUUGAUCAAGUUUAUGGCUCAAUUUUACAAAGUCAAAAAUUUGAAAAUCUUUAUCAUAUAGAAUCAUGUUCACCAUUCACAAGUGUAGGAUUUGAAUUUAAAUUUAAUAGUUUAACUAGCAGAUUUUCACCCGAUGAAUUACCAAAUUUACAAAUUGCAUUUUCAUAUUCAUAUCUACCAUCAAUUGAACAAAUUAAUCAAAAUUCACCAACUUUAGGAGGUAGUGGUGCCAUACUUGGAAACAGUGGUUCAUUUAUGAAUAAUAACGAUAGUAAUAGUAAAACUAGAAAAAUUGAAAAAAGAUUGCAUAUUUUUAAUAUUAGUUUACCAAUUUCAAAUACAGCAGAAGAUUUAUUCAGCUCAAUCGAUUUAGAAACAACAAUAUCAUUAAUAACUCAAAAGGUUAUAAGAAACUCAUUAGAAAAUGGUAUUACAAAAGCUGGACUAAUGUUGAAACAAUGGUUACACGAUAUAUUUUAUUCCUAUAACGAAAAUGUUGUAAUUUUAUCAAAGGUUACCUCUCAAGUAGACAUAAAUUUCUCACAAAUGACCCAUUUAAGACCAUUACCAAGAUAUAUAUUUGCAUUGUUAAAGAGUCCCAUCCUAAGGAAGUUUACAGUUGAUUUGGAAGAAACAAUUAUUAAAAAGAAGUCUGAUGAAUGGAUAUACCAUCAAUGCCUAUUCUCAUCAUUAGAACCAAGGCUCCUUCAUAGAGCAUUAUAUCCAGUUUUAUAUAGCUAUGGUGCACCAAAUAAUUUAGCCUCAAAAUAUUUACCAUUAUCAAUAAAUACAAUUCUAACAAGCACAAGUAAUAUCUAUUUAGUCGACUCAUUUGACAGUUUAGUAGUAUUUUAUAAUUUACAACCAGAGUCUCCCCAACAAACCCAACAACAAUUACAACAUCAAUUCCCACCUCCACCAGAAAGUUUAAUUAGACAAACAAUUUCGAGCAGUAAACAAGACCGUUUAAUUGUUCCAGAGAUUAAAUAUCUAAAAGGUAAACUAAAUGAAACUCCUGAAUUCUUAAAAUAUUUAAUAGAAGAGGAAACCAAUGCUGGUGAACCUUAUUAUCAAUUUUUAAAUGAAAUUGGUAAACAAAUACAUGAAAAUUUAACAUCUUAA